UUGCAAGAUGCAACCAUGGCCACACCAUACUCGUAGAAGACAGUCACAGGGUCAGCAAGAAGCCAGCAAUGCCAUGCGGACGCAGUGGCGCAUAGAUCCAAUCGACGGGUGUGCCUACACAUGGGCGGAUUUUCAAGCCUUCUAUGUGGGUACCUACUCCAAAAAGGAGGUUGAGGCAUACUGGAAACAGUGCAAAGAGCCUCCUUCCUUUCGAGGAGCUCGUCGAUCAGGUAACCAACUUUUUAGAAGACCUGACUUGAGGGUUGCGUUUGGCAAAGUUCUGAACAUCUUGGAUGAGUCCUUUCUCUUGGAGUCGCAAUUGGCUUCGGUCUUGAGCAUGGGGGAGAGCUCCGAAUUCCGGUGGUGGGCAGGCAGAUGUAUGUUAGACUUCAAGUCGCAAGAGGGUCGCUCCUUUUCCUUUACAUCACCAUGGACUGCGCUGGCACCAAUUGUCGACGUACUUGUUGCCGUUGCAAGGAAGACGAUGCCUCCUGGUGAGGAACUGGCCUUGAUCCAGCUGAUCCUCAACUACUACCCUGAUGGAACAAGUCGCGUUCGUUCUCAUCGUCACCGAUGCCGCCAGGUGUGUAUAUCUUUGGGAGCCUCCAGGAAGAUCGAGGUUGAUGGCCAGCUGAUGACGAUGUGCCACGGCGACUGUCUGCCGUUAUUUGGAGAGGAGCAUGCGGUUCCAGCGAGCAGUUCCAGCGAGGCUCCGAGGAUGAGCAUCUGUCUGUUCUAUUCAUCGCAGUCGGAGUACUUCGCGGGGGCUGGGGUGCUUGCCAACGGGAGCUUUUGGUGGUCUCAUCCCAAAGAGGAUGAGCAAGUGUCAGCAAAUGAGUGGAGUGAGACAGGAACCUGGACGACCUGGACGAUGGCGGGUGUCCGGCACAAAAAAGUUACGCGCCGGGCAAGCCCGGCAGGGUCCGUUGGAGUUACUGGCCUGCCAGGUGCCAGUGUGGAUAAGGACGGCAAGUGGUGGCCUCCCUAUGGCUGGGCCAAUGGGUUUGGAGCGGAAGCUGGCUGUGGCCCGGCCAACUGGAGCUAUUCAUGUGGUUGGCGAAGCCCAUCCCAGUGGGACGAAGAUGGUCCAAAGAUUUGGUAUGCUCCCAGCAAACAGCUCCAGGAAGUGGGUGAUGACCCAAGCAAGUUGCUGGAGAAAGAAGCACAGGAGGAAGCUGAAUACCCGGCCAAAGUGCAGGGAUAUCAGAGUGGACUGGAAGGACCCCCUGAGCCACCAAGACCAUCCCAGGUUGCCGACGGAAAUGGCCCAGUUGCAUUGCAAUUGGAGACCGAACCUGAAGGGACGAUGCUGGACAUCAUGGAGCACCAGGGGAGCUCAAGACGUGUGAGCAAUGAGCAGAUCGCUGCGGACAAGAUAUUGGAUUUGCAAAAGACACUGUAAAAGAAA